CUCUCUCUUCUUUGUGAUCACUCUUUGAUUUAUUAACUUUCUGAUUACCAUUCCCCCCAAAAUAAACCCUACUAGAGUGUGACUAAUUGUAUAGUAAUCUCUAUUGUGUAAUAAUCUUUUAUCUUUCCUCAAUACAAAAAAGUAGGGUAUAUAUAUAAAAGAGGGAGUGGCCUCGUGUAGAGAAAGAACCUAGCUAGUGUUCAUGCAAUUUGCAUCUGAGGAAUAUAUGCUUAGAAAGAGAGAGAGAGAGAGAGAGAGAGAGAGAGAGAGAGAGAGAGAUAUCAAACCAGAGGAAAAGAGUGACAGAGAAAGUGGUCAUCUUUGUCUGUCUCUGUCCGAAACUCAGGAGCCCUAAUCUCUGAAUCCAUCAAGAAAGCUCUUUCUCUUCCUUCUUUUAUGCUUCUGAAUUUGCUACAUAUAUAAACUAUCUGAAGAAAGCUAGAGAAUAAGAUGAUGAGUCUAAGUGGAAGUAGCGGGAGAACAAUAGGAAGGCCUCCAUUUACACCAACACAAUGGGAAGAACUGGAACAUCAAGCCCUAAUCUACAAGUACAUGGUCUCUGGUGUUCCUGUCCCACCUGAGCUCAUCUUCUCCAUUAGAAGAAGCUUGGACACUUCCUUGGUCUCUAGACUCCUUCCUCACCAAUCCCUUGGAUGGGGGUGUUACCAGAUGGGAUUUGGGAGAAAACCAGAUCCAGAGCCAGGAAGAUGCAGAAGAACAGAUGGUAAGAAAUGGAGAUGCUCAAGAGAAGCUUACCCAGAUUCGAAGUACUGUGAAAAACACAUGCACAGAGGAAGAAACCGUGCCAGAAAAUCUCUUGAUCAGAAUCAGACAACAACAACUCCUUUAACAUCACCAUCUCUCUCAUUCACCAACAACAACAACCCAAGUCCCACCUUGUCUUCUUCUUCUUCCUCUAAUUCCUCUUCUACUACUUAUUCUGCUUCUUCUUCUUCAAUGGAUGCCUACAGUAACAGUAAUAGGUUUGGGCUUGGUGGAAGUAGUAGUAACACUAGAGGUUAUUUCAACAGCCAUUCUCUUGAUUAUCCUUAUCCUUCUACUUCACCCAAACAACAACAACAAACUCUUCAUCAUGCUUCCGCUUUGUCACUUCAUCAAAAUACUAAUUCUACUUCUCAGUUCAAUGUCUUAGCCUCUGCUACUGACCACAAAGACUUCAGGUACUUUCAAGGGAUUGGGGAGAGAGUUGGAGGAGUUGGGGAGAGAACGUUCUUUCCAGAAGCAUCUAGAAGCUUUCAAGAUUCUCCAUACCAUCAUCACCAACAACCGUUAGCAACAGUGAUGAAUGAUCCGUACCACCACUGUAGUACUGAUCAUAAUAAGAUUGAUCAUCAUCACACAUACUCAUCCUCAUCAUCAUCUCAACAUCUUCAUCAUGAUCAUGAUCAUAGACAGCAACAGUGUUUUGUUUUGGGCGCCGACAUGUUCAACAAACCUACAAGAAGUGUCCUUGCAAACUCAUCAAGACAAGAUCAAAAUCAAGAAGAAGAUGAGAAAGAUUCAUCAGAGUCGUCCAAGAAGUCUCUACAUCACUUCUUUGGUGAGGACUGGGCACAGAACAAGAACAGUUCAGAUUCUUGGCUUGACCUUUCUUCCCACUCAAGACUCGACACUGGUAGCUAAUUAAGUAGAGCUGGCAUCAAUGAUGGAUCUGCACCAACACACACAACUGUGAAAUGUUGAAGAAGAGUCACAUUUCACAUCUAUUUCCGUGGAACAAUGAGACAAGACACUGUUUGCAGAAUCCUAUAUGUAUUUUUUCUAUCUUUUUCUAUGUGUGUUAGGUCCAACAAGAAAAAGUGAUCCGACAGAUAUAUCUGUAUGUGUUCUCUUGCUUUCUCAAGAAAUCAGAUUUUAUUUUACUGUCGCUGAUAGCAACAAAAGAAAACAUGACUUGAUUUGUGAGGGGUAUCGUUAUAUAUAAUUUAUUUGUUUCUUAGGAUGCAAGCAUCUAUAUAGU